AUGACCAUGGUCUUCUCCGUAGGACUACCCCGAAGCAGCGGGUGUCAGUACUUUCAGCGUGACGGUUUAAACAUCUCACUGCCGGGCCGGGCGGGCGAGUCGCUGGAGAAGAUGCGGUAUGAAGGUCCGGAAGUUCUCAGAAAACUGGCAGAAGAAGCUCGAGUCAACGGUGACCUCCUACUGGGUGACUACGAGGACACCUACUAUAACCUCAGUCUCAAGUUAUUCCACAGCUUUCAAUGGGCCUCUCGUUUCUGUCGUCCACAUUUCACUUCCCAACAACGACCUCAUGUCUUCAUUCUUCUGAACGAUGAUUAA